AGAUAGUAGGGUAGGGCUGGAGAGCACUGGAUGCUCUUAACGAGCGCACAUGUAGAGCACUUGAUGUGCAGAGCGCUUUCUCUCUCUGGUGAUGAACCGCAGCUGACCACCCGACUCUACGGCACAGUUAUCAGAGACUUUCCCCGACUUUAUCCCCCAUUCAAGUUUCUUGAGUUGUAGGGGGUCUUUUCAUUAAUACCCUGGCCUUGUUAACUCCGGGUUGGUCCGAGCGGGACCGUGAAAGCCUCCGCGGGGCUCCGUGGAACUGCCCCGAGCCGCGCGCGCUCAUGGAGGGAGACAUCAUGGACAAACUCGAGGACAUGGCUUCGGUCUACGAGUUCGACCCGCUGACGGGGAACAUCCCCGCUACCAAAGUGGAGAUCACAGUUUCAUGCAGGAAUCUUUUAGACAGAGACACGUUCUCCAAAUCUGAUCCAUUGUGUGUCUUUUACACUCAGGGUGCGGAGACCAAGCAGUGGAGAGAGUUUGGAAGAACGGAGGUGAUCGACAACACGCUAAAUCCGGACUUUGUCAGGAAGUACAUCCUGGACUACUUCUUUGAGGAGAAGCAGAACCUGCGCUUUGAUUUAUAUGAUGUUGACUCUAAAAGUCCUGAUCUUUCCAAACACGACUUUCUUGGACAGAUGUUCUGCACGCUCGGCGAAAUUGUGGGGUCGCCGGCCAGCCGACUAGAGAAACCUCUUGGGGGCAUACCGGGAAAGAACUGCGGCACAAUCAUCUUAUCUGCUGAAGAACUGGGGAACUGCAGGGACAGUGCAACCAUGCAGUUCUGUGCCAACAAAUUGGACAAGAAGGAUUUUUUUGGGAAAUCCGAUCCCUUCAUGGUCUUCUACAGAAGUAAUGAAGAUGGCACGUUUACAAUCUGCCAUAAGACUGAGGUGGUGAAGAACACCCUCAACCCUGUUUGGCAGCCGUUCACCAUUCCAGUCAGAGCUCUCUGUAAUGGAGACUAUGACAGAACAAUCAAAGUGGAAGUGUAUGACUGGGAUCGGGAUGGCAGCCAUGAUUUCAUUGGUGAAUUCACCACCAGCUACAGAGAGUUAGCCCGAGGUCAGAGCCAGUUCAACGUUUAUGAGGUGAUCAAUCCAAAGAAGAAGAUGAAGAAGAAGAAAUAUGUAAAUUCCGGCACGGUGACACUGCUGUCAUUCUCAGUGGAAUCAGAGUCGACUUUCCUUGAUUACAUCAAAGGAGGGACACAGAUCAAUUUCACUGUGGCCAUUGAUUUCACCGCCUCUAACGGAAACCCAUCCCAGUCCACUUCUCUCCAUUACAUGAACCCGUACCAGAUGAACGCCUACGCUCUGGCACUGAAGGCUGUGGGGGAAAUCAUCCAGGACUAUGACAGUGACAAGAUGUUCCCUGCACUGGGAUUUGGAGCCAAGCUGCCCCCCGAUGGACGGGUGUCUCAUGAGUUCCCCCUAAACGGCAAUAUAGAAAAUCCCUACUGUAAUGGUAUUGAGGGGAUAUUAGAGGCAUACCAUCAGAGUCUAAAGACCGUCCAACUAUAUGGACCUACUAACUUUGCCCCCGUCGUAAAUCACGUGGCCAGAUAUGCAGCUGCUGUCCAGGACGGCUCACAGUAUUUCGUGCUCCUCAUCAUCACAGAUGGAGUAAUAUCAGAUAUGUCACAGACCAAAGAGGCCAUUGUGAAUGCUGCCAAGCUUCCCAUGUCCAUCAUUAUUGUUGGAGUUGGACAAGCUGAAUUUGAUGCUAUGGUUGAGUUGGAUGGUGAUGACAUCAGGAUUUCCUCAAGAGGAAAAUUAGCGGAGCGAGACAUUGUCCAGUUUGUACCAUUUCGGGAUUACAUGGACCGUACGGGAAACCACGUGUUGAGUAUGGCGCGACUGGCCAAAGACGUUCUGGCUGAGAUUCCCGACCAGUUCAUUUCUUACAUGAAGAGCCGGGGAAUCAAACCCAAUCCGGCGCCGCCUCCGUACACACCGCCAGGACACACACAUCACACACAGAUCUGAGCGAACGCUCCCAAACCGGCUUUAACAAAACCGCUCCUCUUUCUGGAGUCAUGGGAUAGCUGUACCAGAGCUUUUAGGGUUUAGCUCCCAAGACACUCUGAGGUACAGUGGCAUUUCUGUCUGUACCAUUUAUAUUUCCUGCCCCGUUCAUUUUUUUUUUUUUUCCGGAAGGAGGGUGUGAUCCACGAAUCUGACCCAAGGGCAUCUUUUUUGUUUGUUUUGUUUAAAAAAUAUCUACAUCUUGGCCUGUGACUGUUUCUGUUUCUUGUGGAUCAGUUGACAAGUGGACAAAGAGCAGGAGGAGGAGAAGGAGGAGAAUGUUUGUGGUUUCAAAUUGUGCCUGUCUGUGACUGUCUUAGUGUACCAGGACAAGUGUGCCCCAAUCUGACAUUUGACCUUAAUUCACAUAGGUAUACCAGAGUGUGUGCUUUACAGUAAUAUUUUUAGAUUUGUAUCACUUUAAUUUCAUAUAAGAUCAGGCCUGUGUCCAUAUCGGUUUAUUACGUUAAGCAUUGCUUUUGAUAUUUGAUUCUCCGUCUUUAUCCAUUAUGAUUGAGGAAAGCAUGCAUGCGUGAGAAGAGGCUAAAUCAAUUUCACACAUGGCACCUGCCUAAAGUGACUGUAGAAGCACAACUUCUUCAAUAAUCAGCAUUACACUCGCUCAUGUGCUUUUGUAAGAAUGCAUAGGGGCCAUUUUGGCCGACCCUGCGUAAGCGCAGCACAGCCGAUAUGGUUCCUCUCUCCCUUUCAGGCAGAAAUGAGGCCUGGAGUGUGCUCAGAAUGGUGUCACCCACUCAACCGUAGUUCAUUCACCAAUUCAAUUUUGUCAAGAGGCUUUUAAUCAAAGAAGAGUGCCUGAUGUAUCUGUACUCUGCCAGUAUACGGCUGAAUGGAGAAGCUUGUGUCAUUGAGCACAUUACAGUCCUGUCUGGGUAUAAUCACCAUGAGCAUUUAGUCCAGUGACUGUGUAUGGGAUGUUCAUUAUCACCAGAUGUAUUUCUGCCAACCCAUAAGGCUUUGACAGAGUAUCAAAGCAUCAGAGGCUUUUCAUCCCCCAGAUGUCGUUAAUGUAUUUUAUUCUCUCUAUUUUAAAAUUCUAAAUAAUGUUUUUUUUUUUUUUUAUUCAAAUCAGUUAAUUAAUUGAUUUGUAUUUAUUCCACACAUUUCAUUAUGCUUUCAUGAUUUGUCAGUUAUUAUUU